AGGCGAGUUUGUGUAGAUCUACAGCAUCAUGCUUAGACUUUUCAAAGAGACAAACUCCAUUUUCUUAUGAAUGGAAAGUGAAAAACCCUGUUCCGCUUAAAUUGGGUUCUUUCCUGUCCUGAGAAACACAACAGACCCCAAAAAGGCAAGCUGAAGAGAGAACACACACACAGACCAAGCGACAAGAAAUGACCAUGACUACCAUGCCAGAGAGUCUAAAUAGCCCCGUCUCAGGGAAGGCUGUCUUUAUGGAGUUUGGGCCGCCCAGCCAGCAAAUGUCUCCUUCUCCCAUGUCCCACGGACACUAUUCCAUGCACUGUUUACACUCCGCGGGCCACUCUCAGCCUGACAGCUCGUACAGCACAGCUUCGUCCUUCUCCCGACCGCUGGGCUACCCCUAUGUGAACUCGGUCAGCAGCCACUCGACCAACCCCUACAUCAGUUCAGUGCAGUCCUACCCCAACAGCUCCAGCCUGACUCAGACCCGGUUAGAGGAGACAGGGGCCGAAUCGGAGAAAAGCACUGUGGUAGAAGGAGGGGAAGUUCGCUUUAAUGGGAAAGGGAAAAAAAUCCGCAAACCCAGGACUAUUUAUUCCAGUUUGCAGCUGCAGGCUUUGAACAGGAGGUUUCAGCAAACUCAAUACCUGGCUCUCCCCGAAAGAGCCGAGCUCGCAGCGUCUCUGGGACUCACCCAGACUCAGGUGAAGAUUUGGUUUCAGAAUAAGCGCUCCAAGUUCAAGAAGCUGAUGAAGCAAGGAGGGGCCGCCUUGGAGAGCAGCGCCUUGACCAACGGUAGGGCUCUCUCGGGCAGCUCGCCACCGGUGCCCCCGGUGUGGAAUACCACCUCUGCCUCCGGUAAGGCCUCGUCGGGGACCCCGGGCACCUACAUCCCCAGCUACACGUCAUGGUAUCCUUCGGCCCACCAAGAAGCUAUGCAGCAGCCGCAGCUGAUGUGAUUAUAAACCCGUUUUCCCCUGCCGCAAGCACUACCGGUCCCGAAAAUAAUUUAAAUUAUUGCGGAAAAAAAAAAAAAAAAGAAAAAUAAAAGGAAAGGGGGGUGGGGGAAGAAAGAAAGCAAGAAAGAAAGAAAGAAAGGAGGAAAAAAAAACCCAAACAACAAAA